GCACCAACCAUGAGUGGCUUCUUCUCACGCCUGGACCCACGGCGGGUGCCGUGGGGGGCGGCGGGCCAUGCCCUGCGCACCCGCAUCCUGCGCACCAAGCCCGUGGAGUCAAUGCUGGAGGGCACGGGGACCACAGCUGCCCAGGGUGCCAGGCUGGCCAAGGUCCUCACCACCCUCGACCUCAUCUCCCUCGGCGUCGGGAGCUGUGUGGGCACCGGCAUGUACGUGGUGUCCGGCUUGGUGGCUAAGGAGAUGGCAGGGCCCGGGGUUAUUGUUUCCUUCAUCAUCGCCGCUGUCGCCUCCAUCUUGUCAGGCGUUUGCUACGCUGAGUUUGGCGUGCGGGUCCCCAAGACCACGGGCUCUGCCUACACCUACAGCUACGUGACGGUGGGGGAGUUCGUGGCUAGGAACCUCAUCCUGGAGUACCUGAUUGGCACAGCCGCGGGUGCCAGCGCCCUCAGCAGCAUGUUCGACUCGUUGGCCAACCACACCAUCAGCCGCUGGAUGAUCAACAGCGUCGGGACGUUGAACGGACUAGGGAAAGGAGAGGAGUCCUACCCUGACCUUCUUGCUCUGGUCAUUGCUGUCAUUGUCACCAUCAUCGUGGCCAUGGGGGUGAAGAAUUCGGUGGGGCUGAACAACGUGCUCAAUGUCAUUAACCUGGUAGUCUGGAUCUUCAUCAUGAUUGCUGGUCUCUUCUAUAUCAAAGGUGACAACUGGUCCGAAGGGCAAUUCCUGCCGUUUGGAUGGCCGGGGGUGCUCAAAGGGGCUGCGACGUGUUUCUAUGCCUUCAUUGGCUUUGACAUCAUCGCUACCACCGGAGAAGAAGCAAAGAAUCCCAACACCUCCAUCCCUUACGCCAUCACGGCCUCGCUCGUCACGUGCUUGACAGCUUAUGUGUCUGUGAGCAUCAUCCUCACGCUGAUGGUGCCUUAUGAUGCCAUCGACACCGAGUCCCCGCUGAUGGAAAUGUUCGUGGUCCAUGGUUUCUAUGUGGCCAAGUUCAUUGUUGCCAUCGGGUCCGUGGCCGGGCUCACCGUCAGCUUGCUGGGCUCCCUCUUCCCAAUGCCAAGAGUCAUUUACGCCAUGGCUGGUGACGGGCUGCUCUUCAGAUUUUUAUCCCACGUCAGUUCUUACACAGAAACUCCCGUAGUGGCUUGCAUCGUCUCCGGAUUCCUGGCAGCGCUGCUCUCCUUGCUGGUCAGCCUGAGGGACCUGAUAGAAAUGAUGUCCAUCGGCACGCUCCUCGCCUACACGUUGGUCUCCGUCUGUGUCCUGCUCCUCCGAUACCAGCCCGAGAGUGACAUCGAUGGCUUCGUCAAAUUCCUCUCCGAGGAGCACACCAAGAAGAAGGAGGGCAUCCUGGCUGACUGCGAGAAGGAAGCGUGCUCCCCGGGGAGCGAAGGUGAAGAGUUUGCUGGCCCACCGACCAACACGUGUGGGGCAAAAAAUCUGCCGUCGCUGGGGGAUAACGAGAUGCUAAUUGGUAAAUCUGAUAAAUCCACCUACAACGUGAAUCACCCCAAUUACGGCACGGUCGACAUGACUUCAGGGAUAGAGGCAGACGAGUCUGAGAACAUCUACCUCAUCAAGCUGAAGAAGUUGAUCGGCCCUCGCUACUACACAAUGAGGAUCCACCUCGGAUUGCCGGGGAAAAUGGAUCGCCCCACGGCAGCCACCGGCCACACCGUCACCACCUGUGUGCUCCUCCUAUUCGUCCUGAUGUUCAUCUUCUGCUCCUUCAUCAUUUUUGGGGCAGACUACAUCUCCGAGCAGAGCUGGUGGGCUGUCCUCCUCGUUGUGCUGAUGAUCCUGCUUAUCGCCGUGCUGGUGUUUGUGAUCUUGCAGCAGCCAGAAAAUCCCAAGAAGCUGCCCUACAUGGCACCUUGUCUCCCCUUUGUCCCUGCCUUUGCUAUGCUGGUGAAUAUCUAUCUCAUGCUGAAGCUCUCCACAGUCACGUGGAUUCGAUUUGCUGUCUGGUGUUUUGUGGGUCUGCUCAUCUACUUUGGCUACGGGAUGUGGAACAGCACGCUGGAGAUCAGCGCCCGGGAGGAGGCCCUCCACCAGAGCACCUACCAGCGCUACGACGUGGACGUCGACCCCUUCUCUGUGGAUGACGGCUUCUCCUAUGCUACUGAGGGUGAGGGUUACCCAGGCUGGGGUCCCUCUGAGGACAAGGGAUUCUCGUACCAGCAAAUGGCGGGAGCAAAGGAAAGCCAUCGGACAAGUAGCAGAUCGAAAAGCAAAGGCAGGCACAAACCGCCGUCGGAGGCUCUCAUCGCCAACGAUGAGUUGGACUACUCGCCUGAGUAG